AUGGCCCCCAAGGAUUCGAAGAAAGGCGGUGCCUCCAAGGCGCCUAAGGGCUCCAAGCAGGCCAACAACGCUGCCAAGGCCGCCCUUAAGGGUGCCCACGGCCACUACAAGAACAAGGUCCGCUACACCACCUCGUUCCACCGCCCCAAGACUCUCGUCGUCUCGCGCGCUCCCAAGUACCCCCGCAAGUCGAUUCCCCACGAGCCCCGCCUUGAUGAGCACAAGAUUAUCGUCCACCCCCUCAACACCGAGUCCGCCAUGAAGAAGAUUGAGGAGAACAACACCCUCGUCUUCAUCGUCGACGUCAAGUCCAACAAGGCCCAGAUCAAGCAGGCCCUCAAGAAGCUCUACGAUAUCGACACCGUCAAGAUCAACACCCUGAUCCGCCCCGACGGUUCCAAGAAGGCCUACGCCCGCCUUACCCCCGACGUCGAUGCUCUUGACAUCGCCGCCACCAAGCUGGCUCUUGUUUAA